AUGUCACUCUCCAAAGGUCUAAAGAGGAAAGUUGACGGUGAAAACAGGGCAUUUAAAGAGGACUGGACAGCGAACUAUGCGUUCAUCCUACCUGAUUUCAUCAAUACAAAGCCUUUGUGUCUUAUCUGCAAUGAAGUUGUGGCUGCUUGCAAAGAAUACAAUAUUAAGCGGCACCACGAGACGAAGCAUGACACCUUCAAAGUGGCAUUUCCACCCAAGACAGAGGCACGAAAGCGCAAGAUUGAAGCACUGACAGCAGGUUAUGCGCACAGCAGCAGGAUCCUGGUGCGAGGCCUCACAGCCCAACAGAAAGUGACAACUGCGUCCCUAAAGGCGUUGCGGGUGCUCGCAAAGCACAACCGGCCAUUCACUGAUGCAGAGGAUUUCAAGGAGGUGAUGGUGACCGUUUUGGAGGAACUGGCCACCGACAAGUCCAUGGAUGGUGUCAUUGUGUCAGUGAAACAGGUGUCCCUCUCUGCGAGGUCUGCUAUACGCCGCAUAGAAGCACUGUCGGACGCUGUGCAGGGGGUAAUUAUCAAGGGUCUCAGUCAAGCCAAUUACUUUUCCUUAGCCAUUGACGAGAGCACUGACAGUACAGAUGUAGCCCAGAACGCGUCUAUGUUAGAUAUUUUGAUGGAAAGGAGUUCAGGGAAGAGCUGCUGUCUCUUAUUCCAUUAGAAGGGCACACCACUGGGGACGUUAUAUUUACGAAACUGGAAGAGUUGUUUAGGCUGCAUUCAUUGUCAUUUGAGAGGGUUAACCUAAUCGUGACAGACGGGGCUCCUGCUAUGGUGGGAAAGCACAGAGGUCUGGUAAGCAGGUUGAAGGAGCACGCCCCCCAAAUGCAUGGACUGCACUGUCUCAUCCACCAGAGUGUCCUUUGCGUCAAACUCAGUGGUGAGCUAAAGGAAGUUAUGGACAAAGUGAUGCGUGUCAUUAAUUUUGUCAGGGGUACAUCAAGCACCCAGCAUCGGCUUUUCCGACAACUUGUGGCUGAGUCAGAAGUGGCCACCCACGAUGACCUGCUGCUUCACAAUGACGUGCGCUGGUUGAGCAAAGGGAAAGCGUUGGACCGCUUCUGUGCGCUACUGGAUGAGGUCAAGGCGUUUCUUAGAUUGAGCAAGAUUAGGGCAGCAGCUGACCACCUUGCCCUUCU